AUGGCGCGCCGCUACGAUUCGCGAACCACCACCUUUUCGCCCGAGGGCCGCUUAUACCAGGUCGAAUAUGCCAUGGAAGCCAUCAACUUAGCGGGUUCGACCGUCGGGGUCCUUGCAGAGGAUGGCGUGGUCCUUGCGGGAGAAAAGAAGACGACGUCGAAGCUCCUGGACCAAGCGAAACAGCACGAGAAGCUCUUCCAGCUGGACGAUGCGAUGUUCUGUGCAGUAGCAGGCAUUACUUCGGAUGCGAACAUCCUCAUCAACAGGCUCCGUCUGAGUGCACAGCAGCAUGCCUAUUCAUUCUCCGAGCCAAUGCCUGUAGAGCAGCUCGUCACGUCCAUCUGCGACUACAAACAGGGCUACACCCAGUUCGGUGGCCUGCGGCCGUUCGGAGUGUCCUUCCUCGUAGCUGGCUAUGAUGUCCACCACGGUUUCCAGCUGUACCACACCGACCCUUCAGGGAACUUCAGUGGUUGGAAGGGCUAUGCCAUAGGCUUGAACAACAACACCGCCAUGCAGAUCAUGCGGCAAGACUGGAAACCAGGAAUGAAGAUCCAGGAGGCCUUGGAGCUGACGGCAAAAGUGCUAGUCAAGACAAUGGACACGGCUUCGCCGACUGCCGAGAGGCUUGAAUUCGGAAUUGUGUACAAGACGCCAGAAGGCCAAGUGAAGUUCCGCAUGCUGAAGGACACUGAGAUCAACAAGCUGAUGGCCGAUGCCACACCAAAGGAAGGUGAGGAAGGUGCCGCCCCAGCCUCCUGA